ACUGCACCGGCAUCGCAGAGGCAUUAAUGACUGAAUGAACACUGAAGAAAAGAGCAGGGUUCAGAUCCUUCUCACUUAAUGGUUAGUUUGGAAAAAUGGUAAACUGCUUGACUGAUGAAGUCCUGAUGUUCCUCGUCUACAGUGCUGCAAAUUCGAAACUACCUGCAAAUUCAAAACUAAUCUUUGUAAUUUCUUGUAGUUUGGUAGUAUUUUCAAUUUGAAUCCACAAUGCACAAGUCACUGUUGCGUAAGUAUUGCUUCUUGUUUUGCCUGCUUUCUGUGGUACCAGAUUUACGAGUGGGUGGGUAGAGUAAGAUUAUUGGUAGAAUUUGGGUUUAGUGCAAGGUAGUCAUCAAACUCCAUCCUGGUUCUGGCGUCAUACAUCUACAAUAGUUGAGUCCCCGCCCCCCACAUUUAUUCAGAUGCUCUCUUCCCCUCCAGGCAGGUCUGCUAUAGCGAUCUGUGCAGUUGGAGAGCAUUUCUUUCCAUACUGGCCUCAGCUGGCAGGACUAGAGAGCGAUUGACAAGCCAGAGCAGUGUGCUAAAUGAAUGAACUAAGAGUUUUAUUCAGUGUAUAGCAGCUUCAUACUUUCCUAUGGCUUGUGAAGUUUGGAAAACUAUAGUACAUUUCAGACUAGAGACCUCAAAUCAAAAUUCCAGGGCAGGCCUCUUGUCGGAGUUCACUUCUGCUGAAAGUUUGUUUAGGAACUACAAUAAUUGUGCUCCUAUUACUCUUCCUGAAGUACCUUUUACACACAUCUAUUGUCACAGGUCAUAAAAUCUAUAUUGGUAAAGUAGUAACAUUGAAACUGGUCCCUGGUUUUGUCUGUCUUUAAAGUUGGUAUGUUAAAAUGGAAAACACUGCUGUCAUGGCAAGUCUGAUGCAGAUUUUUUUACAUUGCCAGAAAACCCAAGUUUAGCUCUGAUGGUCUAAUUAUGUAUUAAGGCAGUAAAGAGAAACCAGUUGGGGGAUCCAGGAAGUUUUUUUUUUUUGGUUUACAGUGGUGCCUCGCAAGACGAAAUUAAUCCGUUCCGCGAGUCUCUUCGUCUUGCGGUUUUUUCGUCUUGCGAAGCAUGGCUAUUAGCGGCUUAGUGGCUAUUAACGGCUUAGCGGCUUUAAGAAAAAGGAAACAAACUCGCAAGAACUCGCAAGACGUUUCGUCUUGCGAAGCAAGCCCAUAGGGAAAUUCGUCUUGUGGAACGACUCAAAAACCGGAAAACUCUUUCGUCUUGCGCGUUUUUCGUCUUGCGAGGUACCACUGUACUGUUGUGCUGCUUCUGUCUUUUUCUAUAAUUUUUCAGAGAAGCACCUGAUCUUGAGUGACUCAGUAUUGGUUUUGGAUUGUGGUGAAAGUACCAUAAAGCUGUGAGGCUGCAAUCCAAUGCAUAUAUUAGCAGAUGUGAAGUCGCUGUGGCUCUCCAGAUGUUUCUGAACUCCAAGCCCAGCUGGUAAAACGAAAGAUUGGUGGGGACAGGAAUUAUAGUCCAAUAACAGCUUGGAGGGCUACAACUGUCCCAGCUCUGGGCUGUAGGAUUGCAAUCAUAAUUAAUUUACUAAGUUCUGCUGAUUUGUUGAUUAUGCUAAGCUUUUUUUAUGUGAUAUGAUUGUGCUAGGGAGGCUGUGUCUGCCUGAACAUGCCACCCAGAGAUUGACUUAACAAAGCAUUGCAUAGCACUGUGCUACAUAGCUGUUAACGUUUCCCAUUCUUUUAAGGGAAAUUCCCUUAUUCCGAAUAGGAUUCCUGUCAAGAAAAGGUAAAAGUUGACAGCUAUGCUGUGCUACUAAUUGCACCUUCCUGCUUAAAUUUGCUCACCUUUUGAAUAAGUUUCUUUCCCUUGGCAGGAUGCCACCUGGCUGCUUUUUGUAUUCCAAGAAUUUCUUACAGCUGGGGAGCGGGUUCAGGAAAAGGCAUCUGUUUCACACCACAGAAACAUUUAUGAUAUUUUUAACAAAGGAUGAUAUGCAGGAGGUCAUAUAACGAGGCCGCCCAAUGGAUUGUAAAAGGACUCUCCAAGUAUGAUGGCUACAGAAUCUGGCUUGGCCCUGGGCACAUUGGCCUUUGCUUUCUUUGUACCGCUGUCGGUGGCUUCUCAUGAGGCAGUGACCAUUCCCAAAGCCCUGAUGACGGCUUCGGGAAGAGUUAUAGUCAGUUCCACAAGCUGCAGCGUCACCUGUGGGCUGGGUUACAAGGAAGAAGAGUCAUGUGAGAUUAGGCCUGAUGGGCAAAGGAGAGGCUGCAGACGACGGAAGGUGGACUGUUUGAACAGUUGGAUCUGUGGGAUGCGGCACUUCACUGCCCUGGUGGGCAGGCCGUUCGAGAUCAGCUGCCUAACCACUGCGGAGAUAGGUCCUGACACCCAGAGCUUCAGCUACACAUGGAGGCUGGCCCGAGGCAUCAUCACAACAGACGAUACUCUCUUUGCCCCUUUCAAGAAUCCUGGCUUUGUUAUUAAGCUUUACCCCGCUGAGGAAUACGAUGCGGGGACGUACAGGUGCGAUGUGCAGUUCAUGAAAAACUACAAGGUUGUCAAGAGAAUCUACUUUGGACUUCGCGUGAUCCCUGGCGACAUGGUGGAUUUGAAUUUUGACAAAUCCUUAACGCUGGAACAGCAAUCAGAAAGUGAAAAUAACCAACAGAACGCCACCAGCAUGCCAGCUCAGGGUCGGUGGGGCUCUUGGCGCCAGAGGGCUGUGUUUGUGUUUCUGGUUGGCAUUGGAGGCGGCAUGGUGCUCGGGGCUGUGUUGCACAGCCUUCUCUACUGUGUCCUGUGCCCCAGCCCCCAUGAAAACGAUGAAGGUGAUGGGGAAUGAGAUGUGCUGUUUUGUAGACUUGCUAUAUUAGAUUGCUCUUGUACACCGCAAUUUCACUAUGUUAAUCUUAUCACUUCAGGCUUAUGAAGAUCAUUUGGUGACGUUAAUCAUAAACAUAGUUCCAUUUGAUUUAUUAGAGAGUAAUAAAAUUCCAUCCUGUGCCUUAAUGG